AAUGGUAGAUGUUUGAUUGGAAGUCAUCUAUCAAGGACAAAGUAAAAUCUACCACAACUUGGAAUAUUCAAUUCAACCAGUAAAACAUACAUUCUGCGUCGUUCAAGAAAACCUCCUAAUGUACUUGUGGGUGGCGAAAUAUACUAUAAGAGUGACAUAGCUAUCGCUCAAAAUAUUUGCAGACCACGACAACUUGUAUAUAAAAUAGAACCAUUUUUUCUGCACAGCAUAGUAGCUGUUAAUAAAAGUAAAUUACAUGAUGUAAAUAAAUUACAGAGUAAACAUUUUGGUACCGAAUGGCAAGGUUUAUCGGAAUUAAGUUUAUAAAGAAAUAUUAUUAAAACAGGGGGCUUUACGAGGAUAGGGUGAAAAGUUUUCGGCCUAACCUAAAUAUAACGCUAGCAGGUCAAAGUUUUGGCUUGUAUUCUAUAGUACUGUUUCCCACUAGCUUAUAUUUAAAUUGUCAGGUCGACUUUUUUGUUAGUAUACGUUUGAGAGCCAAUAGAACAAGACGCCUCGAUUGCUUGCAUAAAAAGGGAAAACUCAGAGCAGCGCGCAGUCAUUAAAUACCCCUAUUUAAAAGACCUAACACCAUUUCAAAUUAAAGAAGAGCUGGAUUCAAAAGUCGAACGAGCACUUCUGAUGAACCACGUUCAGGACGCCCCGUUGACGUCACUUCUCCGUAAAUUAUUAAAAAAAUCAUAAAAUGUCGAUGGAGGACCGGUGAUUAAAAGUGACUUUGGCUACUAGGACAUCAACUGAACGUGAACGCAAUAUUUUACAUGAACAUUUCAGCAUAGAGAAGCUCUGUACUAGGUGGGUGCCGCGUUUGCUAGCGGUCGAUCAAAAAUUGACCCGGAAAACUGUUUCAAUCGAAAAUUUGGCGCUCUACAAGCGAGACCCCAGCGAAUUAUUGCGUCGAUUUAUAACAGUGGAUGAAACUUAGAUUCACCUCUACACUUCUGAAAGUAAACAACCGUCGAAACAAUGGAUUGGGCCAGGUGAACCAACCCCAAAGAAGGCAAAAACAAUUUUAUUGGCGAAUAAGUUCAUGGCGACUGUGUUUUGGGAUGCGAAUCGAAUUAUCUUCAUUCCUUAUUUGGAGAAGGGUAAAACCAUCAAUGGUCAAUACUAUGCAGAGCUAUUGCAAAGUUUGAAGGACUAGUGAAAAAUAAACGACCACACAUGGCGAAGAAAAAAAUCUUGUUUCAUCAUGACAAUGCAGCAUGACAAAGCAGAAUUUUAUUCAAUUAAUACGACUUUCCUUCUUAUUCUAGGAAAUACUACGUCAACUUAUUUCGGAGUCAGCUCACAUAUUAGAAAAUAAAUCAACUAAGACGAAUACCAAUAUGUUGAAAUCCAAAGAAUGGAAAAAUAUAACAAAUAAUUGAACUGAACGAACUUAUGGGAAGAAAUCGAACUAAUGGAGAGAUCAAAUUGGCUUGGAAGCGGAUGAAAUUGGCAGCCAAAGCCAAAUUAUCUCUCCACAGAAGAGAACAAUCUCAGACGGGAAGUGGCAAAAAACCCCCGUCACCUUCUCCAGAGGACUUGGCAGUCAUGUCUAUUGCUCCGCAUGAUUUUGCUAUAGAUGUGAAUAAUUAUGAUAGUGAUGCUGUGAUUACAACCACACUUGAUUCAGUUGCAGGCACUAGCUCUGCUACUGAUCUAGCUAUAUUACCUGUUGAUGAUAUAGAAUCAAAUAACAAGGAAAAAUCAGUUAUUGAAGAAAUAAAAAUAAAACCAAAAAAGACAGUCAACAAAGACAAAAAAGUUUCCCAAAAAAAGAGCGAAUAAGUCCAUCAGGCUAUUAUAAAUAGCAAUGUAGAGUUUAAGAAGAAACAACUAGAAAUGUUGGAGGUGGAGCACAAAUACAAUAUACAAAUUUCACAAUUAAAAAUAGAUAAACUACAAUUGCAAAUU